GUUAAUAUUCAGACUUCAGAGAUCUUGUUACUAUGCAUUUUAACACCCUACAGAUUAAACAAAUAAUUGUCAAAAGUAAUUUUUAACGAACAUUGUCAAUCAUUAAAAAAGUGUAUUCGAACAAAUAUUGUAGUUGCAUUUAAUUAAAAAAUGAUUGGAGAUUAUGAUAUACAAGAUGCCGAAGAGCGGAAAAUAUCAGAUGAAAUACAAAUUCCUGCUUACGAAUCGGAGUUUAUGAACGCCAAAAUGUUCCUGCAACUGGCUAGCACGAACACAGGCGAUAAUUUGUACGAUCAUCUAUGCGAAACUUUGAACAAAAUAUUAUCAGAGAGACCGCUCAAUGUCAUCGACUUCUUCGAGGAAUACAGCAGGAGGAUAAAGGAGAAACGUUACAGGCCUCAAACGGAUCACCUCGAAGAUAUUUACGUAUCACCCUCCAGUUUCGAUGUUGCAAAUCUCAUGGUGCCCAUGUUGAAGCCAUUGUCUCCAUUGGAACCUUCCACUGUGGACCCGGCAGAUUUGGAAGUGGCCGAUAUGUCUGAGAAUAACAUGCUAGAGUUGCUCUAUUAUUUGGAACAUUGCGGUUUGGGACUUCCUCGACCGGAAAUGUUUUACGUUAUGCUAUCGAUGAGAAAACUCGUUCACACCGAGCCGAUUUCUACGAUUCGAUUCUGGGGCAAGAUAUUCGGUACGCUCAAAAACUAUCUAAUUGUCGAAUGCGAACUAAAAAACGAGGAAUAUUUGAAGAAAAAUGAGGCUUACAAUGAAGAAUACUUUGAUGAAGCGAAAAAGCAAGAAUCGGUAAAUAUGGAGGCUUUAGACGAGAACAGAAUUAGAAAAGCCCUCGACGAAAUAGCCAGAAUGCAACAAUUUGGCGGGGAAGGCUCCAAAUAUCCACGAAAUUUACCCCCCGAGCCCAAAUCGCAGUACGAAGAACCACCCGAACCGCCACCAGAACCAUCAGGAUUCGGCCUAAACAAACUGGUGUACUAUGUAAACACUGGUAUAGGAGAACCAUGGAUCCAAUUACCCGACGUGACGCCCAAGCAAAUCCGCACCUCUCGCCUGGUAUACAAAUCCUUCACCGGCAACUUGGACGAGCCUGUGUUGACUUACCCCAAAUUCCCCGGCAACGAGAGGGAAUACCUGCGAGCUCAAAUCGCUCGAAUUACCUCCGGCACUCAAAUAUCACCGCUCGGCUAUUACACCUUCGGAGGAGUCCAGCUAGGCGAAGGUGAGGAAGAGGAAGAAGAAGAAGGUCAAGGCGAAGAGGCCGCGGAAGAGGCUAAAUCGGAUUUUCGGAAAAACCCCAAGUACGAAGCACCGCCUUUGAAGGAUUUGUUGGAUCCGUCUAUGUCGUUUUGGGUUCAUCACACGCCCUUCAUUCUACCUCAAGGUCGGACCACUUGGUGGAAUCCCAUUCCGCUGCCUGAAGGAGCCGGCGAGGGGGCGGAAGAGUCUGAAAACGAGGAAGAAAAGCUGGGCGAAGAGGAGGAGGAAAUGGAUAAGCGAAGGUUUUCGGUCGAGCCGGAAACCGGGCCGCCUUUGCUCACGCCUCUUUCCGAAGACGCUGCUGUCGAGGCGAUUCCACCGUGGAGUAUCCGGUGCUCGUCCAGCAUAAUGGACGAUUUCGCCUUGGCCAUCGUGCGCUCCAACCUGUGGCCCGGCGCUUAUUGCCUAUCCACGCAGGGGCCGAUAUUCCACAACGUUUAUUUAGGUUUCGGUUUGAAAUACAUGGAGCACAAUUUCUCGCCCAUGCCGCUUCCUCCCGUACAACAGGAGUAUCCCAUUGGACCCGAGGUCAUGGAAAUGACGGAUCCGACUGGAGCCCAGGAAGAACAGUGGCGUAUCGAUCAUUUGCCGAAACCCAUGGAGGAAUUUUUACCGAUGGGCGAAGAGUUGGGCGAAGGUGAGGAAGAGGAAGACGAAAUAAUAGAAGACGAUGAUUGAAUUUCUCCUCUCAAGGCAGUUAGAGAAAGCCAAAUGGGUGUCAACGAAGCCACCAGAGCAUUUGGAAUACCCAAAACUACAUUCAAAAGGCGAUCACAAUCAAAUAAACUUGACAAGUCAAAGACUUGUACCUGAG